GGACCUAGCCCAUUUAAGAUUUCAGUAUCUUCUCACUUUCCAAACUAAUCCCAAACAGACUGCCCAAUUCUGAUCAGUGAUUUUCCAAAUACACUCUCAAUAUCCAACCAGAUUAUCCGCUUUUCAUUACUCGCAGAUUGCCCAAAUUGAAAAUCACCCAUUUGGGAUUGGGAAAAUUUAUUAAAAUAUUUGCAAAUUGAAACUUAAUUUCCUAAGCAACAUUUGAUAUCUACCAUUUCAGAAGACAGCCACAAAACUUAGCGAAAACAACUUUGAGAAACAGUUGAAGAAGUAUUUUCAAAAUGAGCAGCAAAUCAGAACUGAAAAAGAUACCCACUGCAAAACAGACAACCCGACAAAGGCCUCCUUUCAGACCCUAUGAAGACGAUGAUCCCGAUGAUGACGUCUUUGAAGACAAUCCCAAAAAAGCCAAGAACCCGAGGAUCGAAACAAAAACCGUAAAGAACAAGGAUACUGAUGAACUCUCGGAAAUGGACGACGACGAUGACAAAACAUCUGGCGAUUCUGGCAAGACUCCUUCAUCGCUUCAGCAAAUGCGAGCUCCCAAAUGUGCCAGAUGUCGCAACCACGGACACAUUUCGGCACUCAAAGGUCACAAGAGAUUCUGUCCAUUCAAGGACUGCAUGUGUGCCAAGUGCAUGCUGAUUGCCGAGAGACAAAGAGUCAUGGCCGCUCAAGUUGCUUUGAGACGACAGCAAGCGCAAGAGGAGAAAACCAGUUCCAUCACUAGUCACUCGCCCCGUGCUAACUUGGAAGGUUAUAACAGUCCAGCACAUUCAGGACCCGGCAUUAGUGGCCAAAUUGGAGACAUGGUAUCGAGGGAUCAAAGUGGGAGUGAUUUGUUUAGCAGUAGAAUCAUGGGAUGGAACUUAGGGCAGUCUAGGACCACACAUAAUAGCAUGGGAGUUUCUUCGCUGGACAACGCGAGCAGACUUGCCCUUCUACCUCAGACUUUCCAAAACCCAAACUCCAGUAUAGCCUCAGCUACAAUAUCUCCUCAGUCUUCUUCUUCUGCCAUUGUCCCUUUCGGCUACUUGGAAUCUCUGCUGUCUGAAAUGUUCCCCUUCUUCCCAAAAGACUACCUCUCUGUUGUACUCACACAGUGCAAUCGGGACAUCAUAACUGCUACCAAGGUGUGCACUCAGCAGAAAAACAACUUAGUCCAAAUGUACACCAGCCAAAGUCCAAAUAUAGCAGCAGCUACUAUCAACAGUCUAAUGCUAAACUUCAUUCAACAACAACAACAGCAACAAGUGAUCACAAAUAGCAAUGGAUACCACAAUAAUGUCAAUCAUCAAGUUAAAGCUUUAUCUGCCCACGCCAAUCCUACUACGCUUAUAAACCAAAGUAACCACAACACAUCUUGCAAUGGUAUGAACAGUUUGCCGUCAAUCAAGUCUUCAGACCUGUUUGCAGCCAUCGGAAAACUGACCAACAAAGAAAGUCUGCACUUUUCAAGAGACUCAAAAUUUGAAGAAGUUAAAAGAGCAGGGAACAAAUCAGAUUUUCCUCAUACAAAAGAAACAUGAGA